AUGACGGGAGAGCGGCCGUUUGCGGCCGAGCAACGCGGGUACCAGGAGCGUGGCGGCGGAGGCGGCGCGGGAGCAGCGGGCGGCAUGAGCAGGGCGGGGGGCGCGGGCCGGGCGCUGGCCGCGCUGCUGCUGGCCGCGUCCGUGUUGAGCGCCGCACUGCUGGCCCCCGGCGGCUCCCCGACGCCAGACUUAGGGAAAAAAAGGCGCUUAGAGCUGAAGAUGGACCAGGCUUUGCUGCUCAUCCAUAAUGAACUGCCUGGGACAAACUUGACCGUCUACUGGAAUUUCGAUCGCUGUUAUCAUUGCCUGCUCCAGGUCCUGGUCGACGUCUCCCAGAGCAGGAAACCCGGGGAGCCCAGCAUUGAGGCCGUGGCUGUGAGCACCCAGCACGGAUCCAUCCUGCAGCUUAAUGACACCGUGGAGGAAAAGCAAGUUUGUAGGCUGGAAUACAAAUUUGGAGAAUUUGGAAACUAUUCUCUCUUGGUAAAGCACACCCAUGAUGGAGUCAAUGAAAUUGUGUGUGACCUGGUCGUUAAUGAGAAGCCAGUUGACAGUAACCUUCCUGUGAGCAUCGCGUUCCUCGUCGGCCUGGUGCUCAUCAUUGUGGUGUCCCUUCUAAGGUUCUCGCUGAGCUUGGAAGACUUUCAUGAUUGGAUUUCUAAAGCCAUAAACUCUCAGGAAACUGAUGGCCUCAUCAAUUCUGAGCUGGGGUCUCCGAGCAGGGCGGGCGACCCCCCACCAGAGGCCUGGCGUCAGUCGGCGACCCCCCUGCGCCUCCGCUGCGUGGACACGUUCCGCGGGAUCGCUCUCAUCCUCAUGGUCUUCGUGAACUACGGAGGUGGGAGAUACUGGUACUUCAGGCAUGCAAGUUGGAACGGACUGACGGUGGCUGACCUUGUGUUCCCGUGGUUUGUGUUUAUUAUGGGAUCUUCGAUCUUUCUGUCAAUGACUUCCGUUCUGCAGCGGGGAUGUUCCAAAUUCAGAUUGCUGGGGAAAAUUGCAUGGAGGAGUUUCCUGUUAAUCUGUAUAGGAAUUGUCAUCGUGAACCCCAAUUAUUGCCUUGGUCCACUGUCCUGGGAGAAGGUGCGCAUCCCCGGCGUGCUCCAGCGGCUCGGGGGCACCUACUUUGUGGUCGCCGUGUUGGAGCUGCUCUUUGCCAAGCCCGUGCCUGAGAUGUGCACCUCGGAGAGAAGCUGCUUUUCUCUGCUGGAUAUCACAUCCAGCUGGCCCCAGUGGCUCUUCGUCCUGAUGCUGGAAGGUGUUUGGCUGGCCUUGACCUUCUUCUUACCUGUUCCCGGAUGCCCUACCGGCUAUCUGGGCCCCGGGGGCCUCGGAGACUGGGGCAAGUACCCGAAUUGCACGGGAGGCGCUGCCGGCUACAUUGACCGCCUGCUCCUGGGAGGCCAUCACCUUUACCAGCAUCCUUCCUCGGCUGUGCUGUAUCACACCGAGGUGGCCUACGACCCAGAAGGCAUCCUGGGGACCAUCAACUCCAUCGUGAUGGCGUUUUUAGGAGUUCAGGCAGGGAAAAUACUCCUGUAUUACAAGGAUCAGACCAAAGGCAUCCUGAUCAGAUUCGCUGCCUGGGGUUGUUUUCUUGGGUUUAUUUCUGUUGCUUUGACAAAGGCUUCCGAAAAUGAAGGCUUUAUUCCAGUCAACAAAAACCUCUGGUCCAUCUCCUAUGUCACCACGCUGAGCUCUUUCGCCUUCUUCAUCCUGCUGGUCCUGUACCCCGUUGUGGACGUGAAGGGGCUGUGGACGGGAACCCCGUUCUUCUACCCGGGCAUGAACUCGAUCUUGGUGUACGUGGGCCACGAAGUCUUCGCCAACUACUUCCCCUUCCGGUGGAGGCUGGGAGACAGCGAGGCGCACAAGGAGCAUCUCGUUCAGAACACAGUCGCCACUGCUCUCUGGGUGCUCAUCGCCUACGUUCUCUAUAAGAAGAAGGUGUUUUGGAAAAUCUGAGGCCGCAGCUGAGAUGCGUUGCUGGCGGACGACAGGGCCUGGGGCCUCAUUAAAAAGAGCCAUUCGUUAUAAAACUGCAUAUUUCCAGGUUAUUGGGGGAGAUGUGGACGUGCUCAGGCUGGUUGAUUGGACAUGGCUCCUCUGACUCUGUAAUGACCCUCCACAAUGGAGGCGGCUUUCCUGCUUGGAAUCACCAAACUGAAGAAGUGUUUCUCAGGAGUGAAGGAGGAGAACACAGAGGACCAGCACUCCCGUUUUGCAGCAUCCUACUUAGGGAUUUUCUGUGAGAAUUCCACGUUGAAGGAAGCUGUGGCAAUAGGUUGCUUUGGAGCAUCCUUGCGUGGUGAGACGGGGUCACUUCGACCUGUCCCCUGAUGUCAGCUAUCACCCUGCAUGGAUAGUGAGUUUCCAGCUACCCCAUCUCUACCCGAACUCUCAUCCAAACUUGUACCUGUCCGCCUGGGUGUCCGCCAGCAUUCAGGCUCCCCCCCCUCCACCCUCUCUUCUCAAACACAAGCCUUUCCGGCUUGGAUUGUCCCAGCUCUGCAGACAGGUGACCCUCUGUCUCUCGGAUAAAACUGUCUUUCACCCGCUUUACCUCCUCUGUCCCCCUUUCCCAUGUUUAGUCAUUGCCAAGUCGUCGCAUUUCUCACGUGCACUGCCUGUUACUCUUGCCCAGAUGCCAAGAGGAAUCAUUUUUCAACCGGCCUCCUUCCCUCGCUCCCUCCUUCUGUAAAGUCACUGCCCUCUGCCCCAGAUUACACUGCAUAAACAGAGCCUGACUCGCAUCACCUCCUUACAAGCGCUUGCCCUGAAGGUGGAACAGCUUUGCUGGCAGGUAGAGCCGUCCUCCGCUGAGCCCAGCACAGCUUCUCGGCUCCCUGCCAGCCCCCUGGACCCAGCCUGCUAUUUGCAGCCCCAUCAGCUGCCUCCUGCCCCUGACUUUGCUUAGUCCCCUUAAUUUUCUCCCAUCGACGCUUGACCUAUCACAUUCGCCCCCUGCUUCUAAGGCACCUUCUCUAAUCUCUUAGUCUUGUCCCUAAGUAAUAGUUUCUUCCUCUGGGUUCUCGUCGUAUCUGGUUGGGCUCAGUCUCGUGGCACCUGUUGCUCUCUGCCUUGUAUGACAGCGACGUGGGUCCAUGACCAGCUUCCCGCGCUGGACUGAGCUUGUGGAGGAUGAGGCACGCUCCUCACGCGCAGGCGCUAAAUAAGCGUGUGUGAGAGCAAAAUGGGGUGGUGGGCUUGCUUUCGCGUGUAUCUGGAGCUAACGUGUGUGUGCGCGUGUGUGUGGGUGUGUGUGUGUGCACGCACGCGUGCACGGGGGGAGAGCUGUCAUCUUUGAGGAAACCCCUCUCUUGCGGUGCACCUUUGUGGGUGGUCAUGGCUGUGUCACCCCGAAUCUCAGCAGGCAAGGCUGAGCUGGGCCUCUCCAGAAGCAGUUCUCAAGUUGGGGUGUCGCAUCGGUUAGGAUGUUGAGCCGGACGGAGCAGGAACUCCCCAUCCAGCUGGGUUAUAAGGAGAGCAUCGCACAUAAGUAGUCCCAAGGCGGGUGGGCUCCAGCUCAGCCAGCUCGCUUCACGGCCGAGAUGCCCGCCCCAUUGCCAUCACGACAGACACACGCACUCAGCCAACGCCCCACGGGAGGGAGCGGGCAUCCCCUCUGUGCCUCAUAACGUUCUUGGCCGGAAAACGCUCCCCAAACUGUGCAAAACCAGCCGUGACAAGGGAGCUUGGACUGGCCUGGCCCGGGGCUGAGCGGGGACAGCUGGCACCUCCCUGGGGAGGGCAGGGAGUGUGCGGGGUGAGUGGCGGAGUGGGACAUGGCGGUGGGGACAGCCCUGUGCAGCGGUGGCUGCAGAAGACACGUGUCACAGUGCGUCCUGUGGGGAAGUUGGGCGGAGUCCUCGUGUAACAAAGCAGAAAGUACUGUCCUGGAGUGGGGAUGUAAUAAUUGGACAUUGUUUAUUCAGUUUUUGCACUUAUAUUCCUAAUUCCACUUUAUAAUUAGGUGAAUAAACUGCUGCUCUUA